UUUGUUCGUGUAUUUGACACUGUUAAUCCUCUGCCUUAAUUUGAAAACAAUUUAGGUUUUUCCAGUUAAUGUUAGGCUAGGCAGUUACAUGUUUAGUUUUAAUAGUAUGGACAGAUACCUAUAGCCUUAAAAUAAGUAUCCGGCAAAUAAUUAUCAUCAAACAUGACUUAUACAGCACAGAAUGUAGUUGAAGAAAAGACCCAAGAAGCUUUGGGAUUGUUAAAUAAGGAUGUAGUUAUAAAAAAGGGACCAACGAUUGGAAAGAGACAUCAACAAGCUCUUAUUCUUUGUGUUUUAAUACAUUUUUGCUUCAUCAUCAGAACAGCAUUGACUGUCGCCAUAGUAGCCAUGAACAAUCCAGAAGCCAGUAGUAAUAAAGAUAUACCGACUUUCGACUGGAAUGACAAAAGCUUAAUUAUGGCAUCAUUCCUAUGGGGCUACUGCAUCCCUCAAAUAGUCGCAGGAUACGUAUCUGAUAAAUAUGGAGCCAAAUGGUUUUUAGUCGGAACUACCACGGUAACGGCAACUGCUGGUCUACUAAUUCCUUCUGCAGCUAUAUAUUUUGGAUCUACAGGAGUUAUGGUUUGCCGAUUUCUACAAGGUAUAUCUCAAGGGUUUUUGUUUCCGUCAAUGCACGCAGUAUUGGGCAAGUGGAUACCAGUUCCAGAAAGGAGUAGGCUUGGUACUUUUGUUUAUUCAGGUUCACCACUAGGUAUAGUUUCUUCCUUAAUAUUAACUGGAUACAUAUGUUCAACAAGUUAUGGAUGGCCAAUGGUCUUUUACCUUUUCAAUACCAUCGCACUGAUAGUGGUAGCUAUUUAUGCCUAUAUUGGCAGUAAUGACCCAAGGAGUCAUCCUACAAUUAGCGAGGAGGAGAAGAAUUACAUUAUAAAUAGUUUAAACACUGCAAAUGACAGGCACAAACUGAUGGUUCCUUGGAAGGACAUGCUUACAUCCAGGGCAUUCAUAGCUCUGUUAAUAACCAAUAUGUGUUUUAACUUCACUCACUGGAUGUUUAUAUCGGAAACUUCUAUAUAUCUUGACAAGAUAAUGCAUUUCGACCUAAAAUCCAAUAGCCUUCUGAUGUCUCUUCCCUAUAUAAUAGAAGUUUUUGUCGGAUUUACAGCAUGUUUCAUUGCAGAUUAUUUGUAUGCGAAGAAUACAAUUUCCACCAGUGUUAUAAGAAAGAUUAUGAAUAAUAUCGGUAUGUUUAUACCAGCAGUUGCUAUUUUUCUGCUAACUAGGACCGGUGCCAAUGAUAAGAACUACGCCAUUUUGUGUAUUAUACUUGUCAGCGGUUGUCAGGGAGCUGGUAAAUCAGGUCAUGUCGUAAACCAUAUGGAUCUUGCUCCUAAUUUUUCAGGAGUUAUGAUGGGAAUUACUAAUAGAUUUGCUGUUGUAGUUUCUUCGUUUGCCCCUGUCUUGGCCCAAAUUAUUGUAAAGGAUGAGCACAAUAUUAACCAGUGGCGAAUCAUUUUUUACUUAACGAUGGGGUUGAAUCUAUUUGGUGUUAUAAGUAACACAUUAUUUACAUCGGGGAAAAGACAAACAUGGAAUGAAGGAAAAAGGCGGAAAGAAGUAUCAAUCGAGACCAUUAAGAUAAAAUCAUAAGUAUAAAUAUUAUUGUAUUUAUUUUUUUAUUAAAACUAUAAAACAGAUAA